UCAACAUGGCGGCCGAAGUUACAGAGCAACUGGAGCAGCUCAGUUUAGAGUCUGAAAAAUUGUGGACAACGGGCCUAGUGUACGAUGAGCUUAUGACAAAGCAUCAAAAUCCGCACUCACCCUGGCAUCCGGAAUCACCUGAACGAAUAUUGCAAAUUUGGGAGACGCUGGAAAGCAAGGGAUACGUGAAGAGAUGCAAGAGAAUUCCGUCAAGAAGGGCAGAAGAAGAUGAGAUUGCAUUACAACACAAGAAAAGCUACGUCGAGCUGAUAAGUUCGUCGUCGUCCAUGGAUGCCGACAAACUCCAACACCUCGGCAAUUCAUUCGACUCGAUUUACAUGAGCCAGCACAGCUACAAAACUGCUCUAUUGUCACUGGGAUGCACACUAGCUCUUACACAAGCAGUCAUAGAAGGAAAAGUUAGGAAUGGCAUGGCAGUCGUUCGUCCUCCCGGACAUCACGCAGAACACGACUGCGCAAAGGGCUUUUGUUUCUUCAAUAACGUCGCGAUCGCAGCCAAAUGGGCGCAGACGAAAUUCGGCGUCAAGAAGGUUCUCAUCGUCGACUGGGACGUUCACCAUGGAAAUGGCAUCCAGCACAUGUUUGAUCACGAUUCAACUGUGCUUUACUUUUCUACUCAUCGCUAUGACCGAGGCAAGUUCUAUCCGGGUCAUCCGGAUGGAAACUACGACGCAGUGGGAAAAGGAAAGGGUGCUGGAUAUAAUAUCAAUGUCGCUUGGAACAAAGCAGGAAUGCACGACGGCGACUACCUUGCCGCAUUUCAUAAUAUCUUGAUGCCGGUUUCGUACGAGUUCUGUCCCGAUCUUGUUCUUGUUUCGUGUGGCUUUGAUGCCGCCCAAGGCGACCCUCUGGGUCGUUGUUGUCUGACUCCCACUGGCUACUCACACUUACUCCACAAACUCAUGUCUCUCGCUAAUGGACGCGUAGUUGUUGUGCUAGAGGGUGGAUACAACUUGACAUCGAUAGCUAAUUCGGCAGCUGCCUGUGUCAGUACUCUACUGGGUGAUCCGUUAUUAGAGCUCAAUUCGGCUUAUCCAAGUCUAAGUGCGCUGGAUUCUAUUAGGAACACACUGAAAGCUCAUUUGUCUUACUGGAAGUGUCUGGGCUUCAUGCGUAGUAUCGGUCAAGACAAUGAGCACACGCCAUUGGACUCAGACGAUAGAGCUCCUCGCGAGGCAAACAUUCUGGCUGCCGGUAACGACGAAUGUCAAGGCACUGAAGGAGUCACUGCUACUGCACACAUGACUGUGAGUAGUGUGACCAAUGAUCUAGAUGCAAGUGAGGAGGAUGCACCGGCUGCGGCUGCAGCGAUGGCCGCGUCGUGCAGCACGAGUGGUAGUCAUAGUCAGACAAUCGGUGACAUAGCAGCAAGUAUUGGGGUCACAGACGACGAGAUAACUAUGUAUGCCGUGACCCCCCUCACGUGGUGUCCCCACCUGCCGCAAGUUUGUUCGGUUCCAGAUGGAGGACUUAACGUCGACGCACCGUGUGAAGAUUGUGGCGACGUGAAAGAAUGUUGGGUGUGCCUUCACUGUUAUAAGGUUCUCUGUGGUCGUUUUGUGCAUCAGCACAUGCUCGCUCAUUCUGCCGAGACAGACCACCAAGUUGUGUUGAGUUACAGUGAUCUAUCGGUAUGGUGCUACGGAUGUGAUAGUUAUGUCCAUCAUGCAUCUGUGUAUCCUGCCAAGCAGGCGGCACAUUUCAGCAAGUUCAACGAACCGAUGCCGGAAUAGUGCCGAAUGAAUUGUUUAGUAUCGUUUGCAAACAUUGCAUUACAGAACUCGACGACAUCGACUGUCUAGUUCAGCGAAUCAAUAUGCUAAUCAAACUAUCUAUAUAAUACAUUGCCAGUAGGAUCGAAAGGUGUGAUCUCAUAAUACAUUGUACCGUGACUUCUCCUUGAGGUGGCCGACUGGCACUAUGAUGCAACAGGUGGCACCAGAGGCUGGUCUUGGGCACCAAGCAAG